CGACAAACAAAUGUCUGACUCCGACCUCCUUCCCCAUUUCACGCCACUUGACGAGCUUAUCCAAGUUGUCUACCAAGGUUCCGCGCGCUUCGUGGUGCUGUCCUCUGUGGAUGACGACAAUUGGACGGUCCACGUUGGCCUAACUGGAGACCAGGGAAGAUGGUGGCUUGGAAGGUGGACAGACAAAGACGUUCGCAACACAGUAGGUCGGCAGACGUCCUCCAUUCUCCUGGAGUCCUUCGUAGAGAACCUCGCGAACGCGUUCGUGCAGGGCAACAUUACUGUGGGAGACUGGAGUCCCGCAACGGGCGCCGACAUUGAGCUGGUCAUCCGGACGAUUGCGAAGACGCCUAUCCGGAUUCCACUGGUUGAACUUUCCGCGGAGGAGGCGGCCGCAUACGCCACUAAAGUCUUCGCUGAGAUUGCGCUGCAGGCUCAGUCCCGACGAUGUCGCCUCCACCCGUCAGCGCUAUCCUCGUCAACGUACGACAUUCCGCCGAAGGCCCUUUCAGCUGGUUCAAGUUCUCCUGGGAACAAGCAUAUACGACGGACACCUAGUCCUGGUCCUGAGCCGCCUAUAGAGACGAAGCAUAGCAGCCCACAGCGAGCCAAGAACAUGGAGAAGGGCAAGGAGAGAGAGCGAGAUGAUAUCGCUACGGGUAGCUCGAAGAAGCGGAAAGCAGAGCUUGAAGCGGCGGAGGAAAAGAUACAGUCCCUCAAGGUCGAAUUGGCAAAGACGAAACGCAAACAGAACGCCCUCAUGACCACUCCGGCGAAGUUGAUGCCCAAGAACGGAGCAGCCGCCGUGUCGAGAGCGAAGGGUGCGUCGCUCGCGAACCCUGGGAAAAAGGCCCGCAAAUACCAAGCGUUGGAGUUCGAGAGCGACGAAGAGUAGCGACCGCGGCACAGAAAUGUUCCAUUCCUGGCUCCCGGGCCCCCUCAAACGUCUACUUCGGUUUGUUCUCGUGCUAUCGCAGUGUUGUUAACCGUGCUAUCCGCAAUUUCAGUCGUUGCCGUUCCAUGUUAUGCGUAGACAUCUGGUUAGGAGCCUGGUGAUGUAUGAUAUGGCGCAUUCGGGGGUUCGCAGAUGGGCGUGGAAGUUGGCUAUCGCUCAGUCCGAUCAGCUAUUGUUCUCUACACCGGUCGAUGCUUGUUUCCUCGUGUCGAACACGAGGGGGUUGAUGGAUCAGAUGUUCUCUCCCCUAGGGCUUUGCACCGCCUCUCGCUGUCUCUCUGAGACAAAGCAAGACGUCUCAACAAUGUCCAAGAGCUCACCUCGUGAAUGCGACGAGUUUCUUGAUCAUGAGUUCUAGCGUCGGAGAUGUACCGUAGCCCAUAUUGAGCAAGAGACACUGGCACAGAGGACUGCAUUGUAUAAAGUUCGACACUCUCGCGGUGAAAAUACAGCGCCAUCCAUUCCAAGCAGCCUGGCAACAAUCUACCAUGAGCUCCCUCUUUUCCGACACCGCCGGCGACGACCUACUCAAUAAGCCGGACGACCUCUCGCCUACCGGUGAGGAGCACUCGCCCACCGUCCCUCUGCGUCCAGCACCAGAAUCCUACGAGAGGUUCAUGUUCCUGGGGAAGAUCAUCAUGCCCUUGUCCUUCCUAAGCGCCUGGGGUUGGUGCCGGUACUUCACCUUCAUCUUCGCGCACAUUGUCUUCCGCUGGAUCGCCGGUAUCUAUCCUCGGCUUGACCCCUCUGGCGACCUCGUCAAGACGUCCUUCUCCACGAUGUCGAACAUCGCCUCGCUCUUCAUAUACGCCCAGGUCAUCGGUCUGUAUGCCGUGUACAUCAUCCCGUUCGCCAUCCGCUACAGGGCAUGCAAGGAAGCGAAGAGCUUCGCGCCGGCGACAGAGCUGAGGAGGCGGUGGACGCCGUCCUUCUGGACUCCGGCGGUGCGUCGUCCGGUCAGCCAUGUGUGGGCGGUCUCUCUGUGCGUACUCAGUGCGUACACGGUGCGGGCGCUCGAAGGUGCGAAGGUGCCGGUGUUGGACCCGCUGCGCGCGGCGAUGGUGGGGGCUGUUGGGCGGGCCGUCUUCGUGGUUGGGAGGAACUCGAUCUACGAGACCUAUCCCAACUCGAGGAUUGCGGAUGAGACGGGCGAGUACGACGUAGGGUACUCGUAGAUGCGACGUGUCUCUUGGUGUAUCCGUAGGGUAUGGCCGGCUGGUGGUGUUCGCAGGGUGCGACUGUGAAAUGUUGAUCUGGUGACGAUGGAUAUGUUUGUCCGGAGAGCAGGAACCGCAUUCGAGAAUUUCAGCAACC